AACCACUGUCCAUUAUGGUUCAACCUCACAUAACUACCUCUCUUCCAUAUAUAUAUCUAAACCCCAAGCAAACACAGAUACCAAAUUCAAACAUGGCAACACUCCUAACAGCACAACAACAAGAGGAGAGAUCGGGAGCAGAGGUCGUGCACGGCGCGGAAGAGUGUUUCCGCCACUCAAUUGAACUCCUCGAAGAGCUAGGGUUUCCAAUGGGAGUACUUCCGUUGAAGGAUCUAGAAGAGUGUGGAAGAGUUAGAGAGACUGGAUUUGUAUGGAUGAGGCAGAAGGCACCUUACGAGCACUACUUCGUUGGGACCGGGACGCGUGUGAGUUACGCGACGGAGGCUAUGGCUUAUGUGGAGAAAGGGAAGAUGAAGAGGAUGAGUGGGAUCAAGAGCAAGCAAAUCUUCAUCUGGGUCCCAAUAACUGAGAGGAGCUUAGAAUCUGGUGGGGAGAAAAUUUACUUCAAGACUCCGAUGGGGAUCGGAAAAACUUUCCCGGCGACCGCUUUUAUGACGGACGAGGAGAAGGAGAAGCUUGUGGAGACUGAAAAAGUUGAGGAACAAUAAAUUCCGGGAACGAGAAUUUGUAACGUCUUUCAACUUUCAAAUAAUCGAAUAAUAAAUGUUUUUAUUUCCGUUUGUUAAAUUUUUAGAGAGGAACAAAUAAAAAAGAAACAAAAUAUAAAAAUGUUAGGGAUUUCAUUAAAAAAUAUCACAGUAGUGAAUUUUGUCCAUUGAUGGAUGUAAGU